AGAUCUCUGUCUUUGACAACGCAUAUCGGUUCUUCAAAAAGUUCUUGCGUUUUUUUGGUGGGCUGGACAAUUGGCAAUGAGCCUUUGGUUCUGCUCGGAUGGUAUUGAAAGGAUCACCACAAACAAAGGAAAAAAUGUUUGGAUGUCUGAUAUCGACGUUGGGCGGUUAUUCUUUUGGUUCUAUUUGCUUUGCUUUGGUUUUAACUUCGGUGUUCAAAAAGAGGAGGGGCGGGUUUGACGGCUCUGACCGAUCACGUCCAUCAUGGCGACAUGAUUGUACGAUUCUUGACGACCUGCACGAUUUUCGAUGUCUUAUGUUUAUGCUCAUGCUUGGCUCAGCUCUAGCUGAUGCGAUACUCCUUGCUCAUGUCUAUGCCUAUGCUCAUGCUUAUGUUUCAUGUCUCAUGCCUGAUGUUCGUCUUUCUAAUGUGAUGUUCGUGAGGGGCGUUUGUAUAAAUUUCUUCUUCGUCGUUUCUAUUUUGUGGCUUCUGUUAGGGCAGCGUGGAAGGAACGAGGACGAAUGAGAGCAGAAGAGAGGAGCGAGGUAUAUACCCCGGCGAUUGCUGCUUUACUUUGCAUGAUUUCAACUUGAUGCAUCAUCUAUUUUGUUUCCUGUCUUCUUCCUAUAUAUCCCUGCGU